AUGUUGGCUGUUUUGUCAAACCUGCGGCCCAAACUGGUCAAAUCCCUAGCCCCGCUAGCACACCGUCUGCUGUCUUCCAAAGUAGAUAGAGUAGCCGAAUCAAAGCAGAGACCGGUGGAGUUUCAAGACGACUUCAUCAAACGUCUUGUCAGCGAAGAACUAAUCACAAUUCCGGAUUUUAUCACGGAAGACGAAGAGAAGAAUCUAGUUUCUGAAGUUGACUCUGUGCUUUUACGAAGCCGGUACCAAACCGCACACUGGGACGACGCAAUACAGGACUUUCGUGAGACUGAGCGGAAAAACUGGAGAACCGUGAAUCGGCCUGUUAUCGAUCGUUUGCGUCAGAAAACCCUGGACGUGUUGAAGGAAGAGCCGCGUCCCGAGGGUGUUCCCAAAGCCUCCAGCUUCGACGACCUCCUACCUUGCAUCCACGUUCUUGAUCUGGCCCCGACCGGAUGGAUCAAGCCUCAUGUUGAUAGUAUUAGAUAUUGCGGCGGUCUCGUCGCGGUGCUCUCCCUCCUAGCCGACAGCGUGGCUCGCUUCAGCGUCGCCGACCUGGCCGAGGUCUCUCCUCCCACCGAACUCCUCCCCGCCAGUCGUCCGGGCAUCCACCUCCCAGCCCCCGGCGCCUCCACCGACGUCCUGGUGCGUCGUCGCAUGCUCUACAUCAUGCGUGGUGUCACGCGAUACCGCCUCACCCACGCCAUCCUCCCCAGCGGCACCGAGUACCCCGGCCACGGACCUGUGAUCCGCGAUCGCAGAAUCACCGUCAUGUGCCGACCAAAAGCCGAGUGGGUUGCUGAUCCCGGGCGCUCUAAUGCUCCCUCAUACUCCUACGGAGAACUCUCCUAA